AAAUGGUACAAUUAUGCGUAGAGGGACACUGCUGGUUUAUGCAUAAAUUGUCUUAUGUAUACAGAGAAAUACAACAACAUGGGACAAAUAUGCGUAUGUACUUAACUGCCGUUCUACGCCCAAUUGUCCCAUGUUGCAAAACUGGCAACUGAGAAAAACGCGAUUGAAGAUGAAAAUUGUAUUAGCCAUCUGGAGGGAUACGGUGCGUUGCGUUGCGUUGCGUAAGCACGGUAUACUUCGUAGAUUGCAGACUGAUGACUCUCAUUUCCAGCUAGACUACUUGAGGAGCAUUGUUUGGGAAUAACAAUUGAUCCAGUCCAAGCGAGAAUUUCGCCUGAGAGCCACCAUUGCGGGCCACGACCAUCUUUACCGUAACUUGGGAUGAGAAAGGAAGUGUUGAUGUGGUACUUACUUAACGGAAGGCCCCGACUCAGUGACACUCCCAUAAGUACCACGGAUUGGGUAGUGGGUGGGUUGUUAGUCAGGAUUCGCUUCAAGCAAGCGAUGCGACUGAGAAUAUACUUUCGUGCAUAAGAUGUUUGAAUAGUUUAUUGACUGAAGGAUACGUAAAUGUUCUAGGCGUUUAAACUCUGGGUAAUCGUCUAUCGAAAUUGUUUCAUCGAAAACAACUUGAACUCCGAACAGCCGGCUGUCGGGAGUAUUGUCGACAAUGUAAAAUGGACCGCAAACAAUGAGUUUAAAAGUGGUAUUGUGGAACAUUCAUAAAUUAUGUCACGCAAAGAUUACCCAACACUAACUAAGUCUCUGUCAUAUUACCACGUUAUUUUUAUCCUUGGUCUAAUACGAAUCAAAUGAUUUUAGUUUGUCCUUCAUUUUGUAGUAGCACAUUAAUGCCGCUACUCGCAAAAGUGUUCAUGUUCCAUGGAAUUUCCUAUAUACAUGGCGCAAUCGUGCGUAAAACGGCCGAUUGCGUCAAAGCACAUGACGUGCUUCCCUCCCAUUUAUGUCACAAUUAAUCAUAUCUCUUCCUCCUAAUAGCGUGGCAGAAUUUAUAAAUCGUCCUUAAGCAUAUUGUGAUCCCGUAACUUGAAAUUUUCCACCUCGUUCGAGUAAAUGCUGCGUUCCUAAACGAUAUUAAUGAUGCACGAAUCAAACACCCCCCGUUUCCAAAUAGUACGUACUUAUUCUCAGCUCAGUAUAAUUAACUGAUGAAUUAAUGGACUAAAAGUAAACCAUUAUAUAUGACCAUAAUUUUUUUUUUUUAUGUUGAAAUGAUUGCCGCAAAUUGGUAAUUGGAUUUGAAUUGAUCUUGCGAAUUGUCAAUUCUCCACCCCCAUACAUAAUUCAAUAGUCAUACACUCAGACAAGACCAUGCAUAAUUUCCCACACGCAUUAAAGACCCAGUGGAUUCGUUACCUAGUUGGUCAAAUAAACACUAAACAAACAAAUAACUUAGUUUGCUCAGUCUAAAGAAAUGUCAGCUCGAUUAGCAUCAACCGGCGGAUACGUGUUCCCUUACAAUGCCAUCAAAUGAAAGUACAUUUAAAAUUACAUACGACAAAAUAUGUGCAAUUCAGAAUAUAACGAAAUGAAGAUUGCUUAAUUAUUUGCAUUUAAAAAAAGACCGGAAAAAUUAGUUGCAUAACCAAGGUGGUUCAUUUUCAAAGAUAGCACUGCUGAUGAAUCACUUUAUAAAAAUAGGUGAUAAGGGACGCGGACGAAAAUAGCUGACCACCGCCUUAGCCAUCUGGAGGGAUACGGUGUAACAAAUAAAGCUUUAUUGUCCAAAAUUACGUUCAUGGCAAUCGUUUUCUUUAUAAUCAGUCCAAAUUUUUAUUAUAGAGAUUCAAUUAACGUUAGUUUUUAAGAAAAAUGUUAAGUGGGACUGUCAUGCCGAGAAAUCGAGCGGAAACCGGAAAGUUCUACGCAUAUCAGUCCCAUAACAAUCUAUGUAAAUGAUGCUCAUAACUCAUUUUUUUUACCAAAGUGUAUGUCGUGAGUUUUUCUGUUACUCGGGAGAUUUGUUGCUUUAUCAAAAUUGGACAUAGGGUAAAGUACCUAUUUUUACACUAUUUAGAAGGGUACCUCAUAAGAUCAUUAAUUACUCUGCCUACACUCGAUGGAGUGCAUUAAUUUGGCAUUCACAACCUUGCUUCGUUCUUAAGAACCCAUCUAAUAACACAAAUGGCCUAAAAACGAUGAAAUGCUAGUGUUUGAUCGCAACUAAAGUUCCAAUCGAGUGCUCCAAUUGUCGCCCUACCAUUUGAUCCAAUUUGUUGAACAAAGAUAGCAAACGCUGCACUAACCAACGGCUUCAAAUGGGUAGCGUGAUAAUAGAAACAUUGCGAAAAUAGGCUCAUUAUCCUAGAUGCGUUCGCCAUGUUAUGCAAGCGACGAUAGUAAUGAAGAGCUCUACAGGAUGGUUCUCACUGCUGUGAUUAAUAUUGCCACUGCCAUUUUUAAUGAUCCUGUAUAUUUCCAUCAAUUUUUUCAGUGCCCGACAUCUAGCGUAAUGUACUUCUUAACUAAACGCUACGUAAUUAUUUUUUUAUUGCGCACUUUUUUGGGAUUUUCAUUAGUGGGACAAUUAUGCGUAGAAUAUCAACAAUGGGACAAACAGACUUGGUAUUUUUUCACGAAGUCUUCGAACAAACUUUAUGAUUUGGAUGUGUUUUCUGAAAAUAUACAUCAAAAAUGACUGUUUGGUUAAAAAAAGUGAAAAUGACCAAAAAGCAACAUGGGACAAUUAUGCGUAGAACGGCAGUUAACACGUACACAUAUAAUAUGUGUGCUCUAAAUAGUCAUACCUUGAAGUCGAUAUCUUAAACAAUUGUGUUUAUGUGGUUGUAUUACUUCUCGUUACUGAAGGUAAAAUAAUGCCGGUCGUGUAAAGGGAACAUCUAAACUCUGAUUAUGACCAAUCAAUCAUGUAACAAAUUAGGUCACCGUACACUAGACGAGGUCAUGUUUGGUGAAACGUCUAGUGCAAACACGGUGUACGCAUUGGUUAACUUUGGGUCCGAAAUAAAUCAUUCACCAUAGAUACAGAUCCCCUAAAGCAUCACUAGGUUCAAUGCAUACAUAUUUAACAACAGAGCGGACUCUGCACCACUUGCUAUACCACCUACCAACGACAAUUUAAAAGCGAAACACCCUUUCUCUCGUUGGCUUAAGUUUUCUCUUUCCCUCUCUCCCAAACCUAAGUGUAUCGCAUCAUCGCGCACGACGACCGCCGCCACACGCUGCUUGGUGGGUCGCGCGGCAGUACUUAUUGAAGCACUUUUGCCCUAUAUUCGACGGGCGCGCGCUCGUUCGUCGAUUCGUUCACUCGCGCUUUGGCCCAGAUAUUAAUUGGAAUGAUCAACAUGCAGUGAAACAGCAACAAAAAAAAGUAGUGUUGUGAAACGACGGCGAGAAAAUGGAAUCCACCGGCAGCAGCAGCAGCAGCAGCAAGGGAAACGUCGAGCAGAUCAAGGUUGAGCCGGAUUUUUACUUUCCCAUUGGAGAGAACUACGGCCACGAGGAUGACGACUACGUCGAUGGUGGCGAUGGUGACGAGUUCGACGACGAGGAGGAGGAGCUGCAAUUCCAUCAGAUCGAUCUGGACAGCCCGGUGAAGCAAAAGUUAGUGCAAGAGACCACUUUUACGGUGAUAAGUGACGAUAGUAGUAAGGAGAAACUGUAUGAGUGUAAAGUUUGUGGGAAAACGGUGUCCAAUUCGAGCCACCUUCAACGACACCAAAGGAUUCAUAAUGGGAAUAAGCCCUAUGCUUGCAAAUACUGCGAUAAGGCGUUUAUUGAAUCUUCCAGCUUGAAAGUUCAUCUUAGAACUCAUACCGGAGAGAGGCCAUACCGGUGCGAGAUUUGCAACUUCUCGUCGGCACAAUCCUGCAAUCUGCAAUCGCAUUACCGACGCACUCACGGAGUCGACCCAAAAACAGAUCCGCAACUGUUCAACCAACUCCGUCAGCAAUCAUCGACGGCGGAUAGUGCCAGCCCCACCAGCUCUGAGAUGGUUCCACAAUCAUCGGCUUCCUGGGCUCAACAAACGAGGGCGCUGCCCAAGCUGCUACCGAAACCACCCGGUCAAGGUAAUCAACCGUUCAAGUGUUGCGUGUGCGAGGAGCCGUUUUUCGACAGGGAUCUUCUGUUGAUUCAUGAGGAAACUCAUGUCCCGGAGGCACCGUUCGAAUGUCGCCACUGUAGCAAUAUUUAUUCUAUUCUGGCGGUUUUCCGGUCCCACGUGAACUUGCAUCGCGUCAGCCUCAAGAUGGGAGUCGCUAGCGGUAAUCCAUCACUUAGGAAUCCUCAGUCCGGAAUCCGACUUCACCCAAAUGGGCCGGUGGCGACACGAAAGGUGCCCACUGAUACCACCAACACUAACAAUGUGCUGAAUGCCAACCAACCGUUCGUUCCGAGCAACGACAGCCAAUAUCCUUACAAAUGCGUCGAGUGUAAGGAAAAUUUCCAGAAGCAGCAACUUUACUAUCACAUGAAAGUACAUCUCAAACAGAAAAACAUAUUCUCGAAAAAAAGUCUGAAGUGUGACAAAUGCGGAAAAGUGUUCGAGAAAGAAUUGACACUGAAAAAGCACAUGGAUACGGCUCAUCCUUCAGUUUCCAGCGCUUCUAGCGGGAACCCGUUGCUGCUGGAAGCUCUUCAAGCUGACACCAGAUCCCUAUCGCCUUCCACCUCACCUUCCAACAUAACAGCGAUGCCAUCCGAGGUAAAUCUCUUGCCAGCAGAGGUUAAAGUGAAAGAGGAAGAACCGGAAAGUUCGCUCGGUGACGACCAAGUGAACUCAACAGUGUCCGAUAAUCCUAUCUUGACGCAAUUGCUGAAUACAAGCAGUGAACUCACCAUCAACCCAACCAACAGCACCUCUCGCGAUGGUUCACCCGUUGAUCCAGCCAGCACGGAGGGUGGAUUCGUGAUCAGUGCAGUGGCCACGGUCGAUCAUAGUUUCCUCGAGCAGCUAGACGCAAUGGAGCGUAGUCAGGUUAAUCAGCAGCAACAGCAGCAGCCCACAAACGAACCACUAGUACAACAAAUGCCUCCGCUUCGACGAAUGCCCGUGCUUGAAGAAAGCCUUCGCCGUCCACCGGUUACCCCUGUCAACCACCACACAGCUACAUCCAGACCACUCAACUCCGGCCCGUACCGCUGCUCCUUUUGUGCAAAAGUGUUCAACGAGCACUUCGGGCUGCGACAGCACAUACGCGCCAUGCACUACUCAGAAAAGCACCACAAAUGUAAGGAAUGUGGUAAAAAGUUCACGCUUGGAAUCACCCUGGCGACUCACCUCAGAAUACACACGGCCGUUCAACCGUUCACGUGCAUCGUGUGCUACAAAACGUUCACCAGGUCAGCCUCUCUCAAUGGCCAUCUAUCGUCGCAUUCCUACGGUCGGGUCAAAUGUGCCGAAUGUGGCGAGUAUCAGAUCAAUGUGUUCAACUAUAUGAAGCACAUCGAAAAAUUCCACCCGGACUUCAUGAAUAAUGUUGCGUCCUACAGAGAGAAGGCAGAAGCAGUACUCCAGAGACGUAGAGAUUUGAUUCUGGAAAUCACUCGGGGACUGGCAAAACAUCGCUCGGAGAUGCCCAAUGUGCUGGCUCGUCUGCGAGGUGAGGUGUCGGGAAUGGAUGACACCGUGCCUAAAAUGCGGAUUGAAAUCAAACAAGAACAGUCCGGCGACCAUGAGGAGGUAAGUUCAAGUGAGCAAGUCGUGAUUAAAAAGGAACGCGCUGACUCCAGCCAGUCUGAAGUUGUUAGCUCGGCAUCGGAAGAACGCGACCUUCCAGCACUCCGGGCUGAAUUGAGAAAGCGUCCGCUCAGAAGCAACACGUGCUCUAAUGACCUGGAAGAGCUGGUCUUACCACCUGCAAGGAAGUCACUCCGAACAGCAGCGAAUUCUUCGCCGAAUCUUAAGCGAUUGCUAGAGCAAGACAAUUCCUCUUCGAGCGAGGACGUUUCCCAACAAGAGGCGCUGUGAAAUAAAGAUAUUUAUAGAUGCAUGGAUACUUCUAUUUCUUAAGCUAUUGCACAUUGAUUUAAACACCCUCAAAGGUUUCGUGCUAGGAAUUCUGCUUGUAAGAUGUCGGACUCCGAUUUUGAAUUCGGAAAUCGUAAACUAAAUUCCUAGUGGAUUUCGAAAAGAUAACAUAAAAAUAUAAGAAUUAGAAUUAUAUUUAGUAUAUCAAAAUACCAAGUUCAAAAAUAUACGACUUGCUUGUGACCUUUGUUUUGUUUAGAAAUAAGAGUAAAAAAUAAAUUUGAUAAA